AUGGCUUCCCGAUUACCGCUUCAGACGCUGAGGGCUGUCCCUCGUGUUGCGUCUCGCAACUUGACUGCUGGCAGCCGCAGAACCCUCACAUCAACCUCGCUCCGGAAGGCUAUCAAGACUCCCGGCAAAGCUGCUCUGGGUCUCCAACAAAUCCCUGUGCUGGGAUCGAAAUUGAACCAUUCGAGUCCGAUCGCUAACGGUACAACAGCCGACACCGUGGUCAAGGUUCCUCAGAUGGCCGAGUCUAUCACUGAGGGUACCCUGAAACAGUUCACGAAACAGGUCGGAGACUACGUUGAACGGGAUGAAGAACUUGCGACCAUCGAAACCGACAAGAUCGACGUAUCCGUUAACGCUCCCGAAGCCGGCGUCAUCAAGGAGCUUCUCGUGAAUGAGGAGGAUACUGUGACUGUCGGUCAGGACCUUGCUAAGAUCGAGCCCGGUGGAGCCCCUGAGGCGAAGGAGGAAGCUUCGGAGAAGCCGAAGGAGCCUGCGGCUGCUGAACAGCCCAAGGCUCCGGAGCCGGAGCAGCCCAAGCCUGAGGCCCCCAAGGCCCCCGCUGCUGAGAAGCCCAAGGCGCCGGAGCCUCCCAAGCAGUCCCAGCCCGCCGCUUCUACCCCGAGUGAAGCUAAGCCCACCCCUGGUAGCCGUGGGGAGCAGAGGGUGAAAAUGAACCGGAUGAGACUGCGGAUCGCAGAGCGCCUGAAGCAGUCCCAGAACACCGCCGCUUCCCUCACUACUUUCAACGAGGUUGAUAUGUCGUCUCUUAUGGAAUUCCGCAAGCUCUACAAGGAUGAGGUGCUGAAGAAGAGCGGCGUAAAGCUGGGCUUCAUGAGCGCGUUCUCUCGGGCUUGUGUUCUGGCCAUGAAGGAUGUGCCCGCCGUCAAUGCCUCUAUUGAGGGACCUAACGGCGGGGAUACCAUCGUCUACCGCGACUACGUUGACAUCAGUGUCGCUGUGGCUACCGAGAAGGGCCUUGUUACCCCUGUGGUGCGCAACGCCGAGUCGAUGGAUAUGGUUGGCAUUGAGAAGGCUAUCGCCGACCUUGGAAAGAAGGCCCGCGACAACAAGUUGACGAUUGAGGAUAUGGCUGGUGGAUCCUUCACCAUUAGCAACGGUGGUGUGUUCGGAUCCCUGAUGGGUACCCCUAUCAUCAACCUUCCUCAGACUGCCGUCCUCGGUCUCCAUGCUAUCAAGGAGAAGCCCGUUGCUGUGAACGGCAAGGUUGAGAUUCGUCCUAUGAUGUAUCUUGCCCUGACCUACGAUCACCGUCUUUUGGACGGUCGGGAAGCUGUUACUUUCCUUGUCAAGGUCAAGGAGUACAUCGAGGACCCCCGCCGGAUGCUUCUCGGCUAG